AGACGCGCAAACUCCGGCGGAGCCCAGAAUAAAGUUAGCGGAGUUUGAGGAGUUUUCAGUGGAGUUCAGAGUUUCCAGAGGAGUCAUUAGUGGACAUAUCGGCGGAGUUUUCAGUGGUGUUGUUUGAGUUUUCAGCAGAGUUUAUUGAGUUUUUAGUGGAGUUUUCAUCACCCGUGGAUCCCCCCCCGAGGAUGUCCGGCUCGUUCUGCCGCAGUCUGUACGCCUUCACCGGGGAGCAGCACCGGGAGGGUCUCCGCUUCCAGCCCGGGGAGCUGAUCCUCAUCACACAGGCUCCCGAUGGAGGAUGGUGGGAGGGAGAGAAGGACGGAGCCCGAGGCUGGUUCCCGUCCACAUACGUGCAGAUGGAGCAGUGUGUGGACGAGCCGCUGCCCAAAGACUGGAGGAGCUACAUUUCUCCACAGGGACGCCAGUAUUACGUCAACACCAUCAGCCACGAGACGACAUGGGAGAGACCGUCCAGCACACCGGGGACCCCCAAAACACCCCUCAAACACACACACUCCGGCAGCACAGUGAAUGGGUUUCAUGCUAAUGGCAGCCCGUUGCAUCAGACGGAGGCGUCGCAUGUUCUGAUGCGCAAGACCAGCACAGAUCAACAGAGCCCCGUCUCCACGUCCCCCGUCCGGAAGCAUGAGAGUCCGUCUACAAUAACUAUGAACAGCGUGACGUUUCCUCUGCCGCUCCACAUGUCUGAACAGCAGCUUCUCAAACCAGAUGAGUGGAGUUACUGCGAUUACUUCUGGGCCGACAGAAAGGAGGUGCAGGGGAGCAGCUCCGGGUUCGAGGUGCUGCUGCAGAAACAGCUGAAGGGGAAGCAGAUGCAGAAGGAGAUGGCAGAGUUUGUGCGCGAGAGGAUCAGGAUUGAGGAGGAAUACGCCAAAAACCUGUCCAAACUCUCACAGACACCGCUGGCGGCGCAGGAGGAAGGAACUCUUGGAGAAGCCUGGACUCAGCUGAAGAAAAGCCUGACGGACGAAGCAGAGGUUCAUCUCAAGUUCUCCUCAAAGCUUCACAGUGAGGUGGAAAAGCCUCUGCUGGUGUUUCGGGAAAACUUCAAGAAGGACAUGAAGAAGUUUGACCAUCAGAUGUCAGACCUGCGCAAGCAUCUGUCCAGCCGGCACGCGGCCGUGGAGAAGGCCCGUAGAGCUCUGGCUGACCGGCAGAAGGAUCUGGAGUCCAAAACUCAGCAGAUGGAGAUUAAAGUCAACAGUAAGACGGAGGAGGACAUCAAGAAAGCGCGACGGAAAUCCACACAGGCGGGUGAUGAUCUGAUGAGGUGUGUCGACCUGUACAAUCAGUGCCAGUCCAAGUGGUUUGAGGAGAUGGUGACAAGCAGUCUGGAGCUGGAGCAUCUGGAGGUGGAGCGAGUGGAGAUGAUCAGACAACAUCUGUGUCAGUAUACAACACUACGACACGAAACAGACAUGUUCAACCAAAGCACAAUAGAGCCGGUGGACAAGCUGCUGCACUGCGUGGAUCCUGCCAGAGACAGAGAAUUAUGGGUAAAAGAACACAAGACUGGCGAGGUCAGACCAGUGGACAUGGAGAUCUGAGACACAGAAACACAAAGUAGACCAGUUCACGUGUCAAGACUGAGGAGCAAACGAAAUGACACACUUCCACUGAGAGGAAAUGAAGAGACUGUGUGAAUAUCAGCAGGAUUUAAAGCCAUGCACUGAUCUGAAAACAGUGUUCAACAGGACUUUAUUCAUAUGAAUUAUAGUACUAAUAUAUAAAUGCUGCUGUUACAUUUAAAUAGUACAAACUGUUUUAAUUCUGCACUGCAAAUAGAUGCCUUUCCUAUAUAGAGGUCUUGUCUUGUAGUUGAAAUGUAUUUAUUUUAUAAGUGAUUAAUUUCUGGUAUAUACUACACUGUUUUUGAACCAUACUAUAGUAACAUGUGUUAUAGUGUGUAUAUUACAAUAUUUAUCAAUAAAUGCUCCAGCAUACUGAAGUAUUAACUGUAGUGAACUGAUAAACUGUAAUAAAUACUGUAGUAUACUUCAGUUUUUACUACAGCAAAUCAUGAUGUAAUAUAAUAGACCCUAUAGUUGUAGAAAAUCUGUAGAAUCACAACAGAAUUUCUAUAGCUGUUUAGUUACCAUAGCAACUGUAGAAUUACCACAAGAGAUAAAUUACUAUAGUUGAUGAUGUGUUACCAUAGCAACUGUAAAAUCACCACAAAAGAUCAAUUGCUGUAGUUGCUGUGUUACCAUAGCAACUGUAGAAUCACCACAACAGAUCAAUUACUGUAGUUAUUGUGUUACCAUAGCAACUGUAGAAUCACCACAACAGAUCAAUUACUGUAGUUAUUGUGUUACCAUAGCAACUGUAGAAUCACCACAGCAGAUUAAUUACUAUAGUUAUUGUGUUACCGUAGCAACUGUAGAAUCACCACAGCAGAUUAUUUACUAUAGUUAUUGUGUUACCGUAGCAACUGUAGAAUCACCACAGCAGAUUAAUUACUAUAUUUAUUGUGUUUCCAUAGGAACUGUAGAAUCACCACAACAGAUCAAUUAUUAUAGUUAUUGUGUUACCAUAGCAACUGUAGAAUCACCACAACAGAUCAAUUACUGUAGUUAUUGUGUUACCAUAGCAACUGUAGAAUCACCACAGCAGAUUAAUUACUAUAGUUAUUGUGUUACCGUAGCAACUGUAGAAUCACCACAGCAGAUUAAUUACUAUAGUUAUUGUGUUACCGUAGGAACUGUAGAAUCACCACAACAGAUCAAUUACUAUAGUUAUUGUGUUACCAUAGAAACUGUAGAAUCACCACAGCAGAUUAAUUACUAUAUUUAUAGUGUUGGCAUAGCAACUGUAGAAUCAUAACAACAGAUCAAUUACUGUAGUUGUGUUACCAUAGCAACUAUAGAAUCACAACAGAUUAACUCAAGUUCUUCAGUAUGGUUCAAGAACACUACAGUAUUUUCUUUACAUUUUUGUAGUAUUUUUCUUUCAUCGAGGUUUUGUCUUGAAACAUGUAAAAAUGCAAGAAGUGUUUUCUUCUUUUCAAGAAGAUUGAAGAUUUUUCCAGUAGAAAUGAGCAAAAUAAUAAUGCUUUCUUACUAUUUCUAAAAACAGAACAAUAUUUGUACCUGUCCAGAAACAGCUUUGUUAGACAUUUGGACUAUAAACAAGACAAAACCUGAUAGGUGAAAGGCAUUGUGUUUGCAGUGUGUACUAACCAAUGCACCGCUUUCCUUAGUGUUGAUAUGAAUUAACAUUAUUUAUAUUUACCCAACAUAGCAUGUUUCUGAGUAAAACAAAGAGAAAAUAAAUGAUAAAGAGUACAUUCUCUCAGCAAGAUGGACUUGGAAAAUGAAAUUCUGAAUGAAUUAUAUGAAUUAUAUUUGGAUCAAUUUAUACAGCUGUCCUCUGCACUAUAAUAUCAAUUAGGGCUGUGGAUAUGACGAAAACAUGUGAAGAUAACAAUAUAUAUCAUGACUUCAACUCUUUUCAGUAAAUGCUAUUAAUAGUUUAUAUAUAUAUACUGACCACAUGCAAUUUUCUCACAUUAUUUAAAGAAAAAUAAAUAAAUUAUAUAUAUAUAUAUGAUUAGAUAAAAUAUUGAAAAUGACAAUAAUAUAUGAAAUAAUAGACGUUUUGAGUCAUGCAUACAUUAUAUGUGGUCAGAUUACACAUCACUAAUAUGAACAGUUUCAGUAAUGAGCAAUAAAACGCUCAGCGUUGAUAUCAAUAUAUGAGAGACAUGAUCAAAUCCUAAACAUUUGUAUAUUUGUUGUACCAGAAACAGAAAUGAUCUGUUGAUUCAUAUUCACAAUGCCAUAACAGACUCAGGCUUUACAUCACUUACAAAUAUACACAGCCACACGUGCAGAUGCUUUACUUUUAUUCUAUUUUCUGUCUGUAUGUUUGAAUAUAUAAUUAUACAGAAGUCUCAAACUGUCAUUAAUACUGUUCUUCUCAAGUGAUUUACUGUAGAACAACAUGUAUAUAUUGAGGGAGCUACAGAUAAUAUAUUGAAUGAUUCUGCAUAAUGCUUAUUUUUAUACCAAAUCAAUUAACAACUUUUCUAACAUGAUCUUCAAGAUGUUUCAGCUGGAUUGAAUAUUUUUCUGAAGAUACACUAAUACAAACAUGCCUCCUGCACAGACAAGAAAUACUGUGGAAGAAUAUCUUUUGUGUGUGUGUGUAUCACCAAUGAAUAUCACAAUAUUGUUAUUGAUUUAUAAUAAUUAAUACAGUGUUUUUGAACCAUACUAUAGUAAAGUGUGUUAUAAUCUUUUGCUGUAAUAAAUACUAUAGUGUACUUUAAUUUUUACUACAGUAUACUGUGGUGUAUUGUAGUAUAACAUACCCUAUACCCUAUACCUAGUAUUGGGUCAGUUGUUUUGUUACCAUAACAACUGUGGAAUCACCACAGCAGAUCAAUUACUGUACUUGUUGUGUUACCAUAGCAACUGUAGAGUCACCACAACUGAUCAGUUACUAUAGUUGUUGUGUUACCAUAGCAACUGUAGAAUCACAACAGAUUACUGUAGUUGUUUUUACCAUAGCAACUGUAGAAUACCCACAACAGGUUAAUUACUGUAGUUGUUGUUACCAUAGCAACUAAAGAAACAUCACAACAGAGCAUUUACUAUAGUUGUUGUGUUACCAUAGCAACUGUAGAAUUACCGCAACAGAUUAAUUACUGUAGUGUGUUGUGUUACCAUAGCAACUAUACAAUUACCACAACAGCUAAACUACUAGUCCUGUUACCAUAGCAACUGUAGAAUCACCACAACAGAUCAAUCACUGUGGUUGUUGUGUUACCAUAGCAACCAUAGAAUCGCCACAACACAUCAGUUACUAUUGUUGUGUUACCAUAGCAACUGUGCAAUUACCACAGCAGAUCAAUUACUGUAGUUGUUGUGUUACCAUAACAACUGUAGAAUCACCACAGCAGAUUAAUUCCAAGUGCUUUACUUCAGGAUGGUUCAUGAACAGUACAGUAUUUCCUAUAAAUUACUACAGUAUUUUUGUUCAUGUGGGUAACUGAUGCGCAUGUUUGUGUUGUAUAAUACAGUCCUUCUCUCUCUUACAUAGAUGUAAAUGAACUGCUGAACAUCGUCUGCUGAUGUUUACAGGAGCAUAAUGGCAUUAAAUGUAAAGUUCAACUAAAAACAUUGGCGGUGUUUAUGUAGAUGUCUUCAGUUUGUCCUUCAAUAAAU